AUGGGUGGGAGGGGUGAUGCGGUUCAUGCCUACCUCCCAUUCUUCGGCAGUGCCCUGGCUCCCAUCUUUGGCGCCUUCGUCACGCAGGACAGCAAUUGGCGCUGGAUCUUCUGGGGCACCUCCAUCUUCAGCGCCAUCGCGGUAGCGCUCGCCUUCACCUGGCUCGAUGAGUCGAACCACAGGGUGCUCCUUGAGCGUAGGGCCAAGCGGCUCCGAGAGGAGACGGGCAAUAGGAACCUACACACGCCGUUCCACACGCCGGGCCAGACGGAAAGCGAAUGGAUGAUCAAGAAGAUCUGCCUGCCGUUUAUCAUGUUGGUGUGCCACCCUGUGGUGCAGGUUCCCUUCAGCUACAGGGCCUAUCUCUUUGGUAUUAUGUACCUGAUCCUUUCAAAUUUUGAGAAGAGCUUCGUUGAGAUUUAUCGCAUGGAUAAGGCCAGCGCGAGCCUGAACUAUUUGGCCAUUGGCGUUGGCUUUGUUUUGGGACUGCACAUUAGUCGCUAUGCCAUCGACGGGUUUUCGGCCUACUUCCGCAAAAAGCACCACACCGACGGCCACAUGCCCGAAUGGCGCCUCCCCGUCAACAGCGGGGCGGCCAUCUUCAUCCCGCCGGCCCUGAUCCUGUACGGGUGGUCGCUGCAGAGCGGGUGGCACUACGCGGUCACGGACCUGGCGGCCUUUCUGCUGGCCAUCGGGCUCAUCCUGGGCUUCUUCAGCCUGCAGCCGUACGUGACCGAGUCGUACGGUCUCGAGUACGCCGCCAGCGCGCACGCCGUUGGCGCCUUCCUGCAGCACAUCUCCGAGUUCGCCUUCCCGCUCUUCGGCCCGCCCAUCUACGACGACCUCGGCCUCGGCUGGGGCAACACGCUGCUGGCCAUCAUGACCCUCGCCAUCUGCAUCCUGAUGCCGCUGCUGCUGUGGCACUUUGGCCCGACCCUGAGGGCCGCUAGCACGCGCGGCCUGCCCGUCGGCCCUUCGGGCAGGCGCUAG